AUGUCCGUAUUGCCGGAGGUUUCGGCGCCUGAGCGCCGAGUACCAUUCCAGCAGCGGGUGAUGUGGACGGCCAUUGUGCUAGCCAUCUACCUGGUGUCCUCGCAAAUUCCUCUCUAUGGCAUCAUGUCAAGCGACAGCUCAGACCCAUUGUUCUGGAUGCGUGUGAUUCUCGCGUCCAACCGUGGUACAUUGAUGGAAUUAGGUAUCUCGCCCAUCGUCACGUCCGGCAUGAUCAUUCAGCUUCUUGCAAGUGCGAACCUUUUGCAAGUCGAUUUCAGUCUGCGUGAAGACCGUGCCCUGUAUAGUGGUGCACAGAAACUGUUCGCCCUGAUCUUGUCUCUUGGUCAAGCAACGGUGUAUGUGUUGACGGGUCUGUACGGUCCACCAAGUGAGCUGGGUGCUGGCGUUUGUUUGUUGCUGAUUCUUCAGCUAGUUGUUGCUGGUCUUAUCGUCAUUUUGCUUGACGAGCUCCUUCAGAAAGGAUAUGGUCUCGGAUCAGGUAUCUCGCUCUUCAUCGCCACGAACGUGUGUGAAACGAUUGUGUGGAAGGCUUUCUCACCCACGACGGUCAACACUGGUCGUGGUCCCGAGUUUGAGGGUGCCAUCGUUGCGCUGUUCCACCUUUUGUUCACGUGGAACAACAAGUCCCGUGCGCUUAAAGAGGCUUUCUACCGCGAGCGCUUGCCCAACGUGUCGAAUCUCGUCGCGACGCUGGCUGUGUUCCUGAUUGUCAUUUACUUGCAGGGCUUCCGUAUCGAAAUCCCUAUCAAGUCGACCAAGUUCCGUGGUCAGCAGGGCUCGUUCCCCGUCAAGCUCUUCUACACAAGUAACAUGCCCAUCAUGCUCGUGAGUGCGCUGACGUCCAACUACUUUAUUAUCAGCCAAAUGCUUGCUACGCGCUUCCCAUCGAACAUCUUUAUCAAUUUGUUAGGUGUGUGGGAUCGCUUGGACGAUAACCCACAGCUCCACGCCGUGGGCGGCAUUGCUUACUAUCUCUCGCCACCCACGAGCAUGGGUGCUGUGUUCCGUGACCCGAUCCACGCUUUGAUUUACAUCGCAUUCACCCUUACAUUCUGCGGUGUCUUUUCCAAGGUGUGGAUCGAGGUGUCCGGCAGUGGCCCCCGUGAGAUUGCUAAGCAACUCAAGGACAACCAAAUGGUCAUCGCUGGCCACCGCGACGCUAGUAUGUACAAGGAGCUCAAGCGUGUCAUUCCCACGGCUGCUGCAUUCGGUGGUGCCCUCAUCGGUGCCCUUUCAGUUGUAGCUGACCUGUCUGGUGCGCUCGGCUCUGGCACAGGUAUCUUGCUCGCGGUCACCAUCAUCUACUCGUACUUUGAGAUGGGCAUGAAGGAGGCGUCGGGUAUCAGCGCAAGUCCUCUUGCCGACCUGGUGGGAUAA